AUGGAGACGCCAUUGGAUCUGGCCGCGCAGCUUUUCAAAAAGCCAUAUGACCUAGGAUUCCGGAUCCAUAAUAAUUCGUGGGGUAAGAAGUGGGAUAACGAAACAGGUCAGUUGGGCUAUGAAACCCAAGCGAAUGCCAUCGACGGUUUCGUCUACGAUCACCAAGACUUCAUUGUGUUAAUGGCAGCCGGUAAUAACGGCGAAGAAAACGAAUACAAAAGCCAGAUAGGAGCCGCUGCUGCUGCCAAAAAUUGCAUCACUGUCGGAUCGACAGGCUCAACGCGACAAAAUGAUGGGCAGAAUUUUAUCAAGGUUCAAGACGUUGGAAAUUUCGGAACACAGGUCAACGAAACUGCAGUUUUCAGUAGCCGUGGGCCAACCCUACGUAGAUCGCCGCAUGUGGACGGAGCCGACAAAACGACACCCGCCGUAGGUCGUAUCAAGCCAGAUAUUGUUGCACCAGGUGUUGCUGUCCUUUCAGCAGCCUCGAGAGCCUUGAGUGCACAAUCUCGCAAGAAGAACACAUGGAGAAUUUCGGAGGACAACGAUUGGAUUUAUGCCUCUGGUACAAGCAUGUCGACGCCACUAGUUGCAGGCUGUGUCGCUUUGCUACGUGAGGCAUUACAAGAGGGAGGCAAGCAGAACCCAAGCGCAGCCCUAGUGAAAGCUUUACUUAUCAACGGCGCCGUCAAUUAUUCCGAGAGUCUGGGUCUUGGCGUCGGCUACGACUAUGAACAGGGUUUUGGACGUGUUGACGUUGACAGUUCUAUCGCUAUGAUCAGACAGUCAUCGUUCAUGGAGGGCGGUAACGCCUUUGAAGCCACCCAAUUCGACGUGCCCCCUUUGCGACAGAUCCCAACGGCAGCCAGGAGAUGGGUCAGUCCUGAGAUACCUGUUCCUUCUGGUAGAAACCGUCUGGUCGUGUCUCUCGCAUAUCCCGAUCCAGCGUCCAUCUUUGGGGAACUGCAGAAUGAUAUCAACCUGUAUGUUUUCUCAGCUGGGUCUGAGCGACACGGCAAUAUGGGCAAGAGCUCUGGGCUCGACCAUACUAACAAUGUUGAGAAGAUUAUUUGGGAGAAUGUCCCUGGAAAGACGUUCAAGGUUGUCGUUUCCAUAAACAACAACCUCAAACCAAAGGAUCCCGCAGCAUUCGCGGUCGCCUGGGAUAUUCGUCCUCUGGCGAGAUUGUAA